AUGGAUGUGAUUAAUCAGCUCUUCUCGUUAAGUGUGGGCGUUGAGCCUAACAAACAAACUUUGCAAAACUUUGCUGGCACGUUGAACACCGCAGUGGCUGCUCUCGCGAGCCAGCAGAAGAAUCUUUCGCAGUAUGCGGAUACAAUGGAAGGCCAGAAAUGGGUGUCCAAUGAACCUUCAGCGAAACCUCCCCCUCAGCUCACCCAACCCCAAAUCAAAUACAUCGAAGCCGCGCCAACUCCUCAAGCAGCUCAAGCCCGCAAACAAAAGGUUCUCAGGCAGCCUGUAGUAUGGCAAAUCUCGGAGCAACAAUUAAAGUUAUUACAAUGGCAAAGGAAGCAAUUGCUUCAAGCCCAGAAAGCAGAGCUGGCAAGGAAGAAAGCAGCGAGAGCAAACCGACCACCUCCUCCAAAGCUAGGACCGUCGAAGUCCAAGGCAAAUUCAGUCGUAUCGCAGCAGACCAGCGCAUCUUCGAGACUCCCUACCAAGCCAGCUGCCCCCAAAGCUCCAGCUUCAAAGCCUUCACAGCCUAAGCCACAAGCUGAGCAAGCUCCGAAACCUGGUGGAAAUGCGAAAGGACCGGCCAAACCGCCUGCAAAGGCACCUCCGAAGCCGCAGACUGCGAACCGCAAAUGA